AUGAAUGAACGCUUCGCUGGCAGUUCUCCAUCGCUCCUGCUGGCUUCAUUGCUUAUGUGCACAUGGACUCGAGCGACCCGCCACUGCUACCGGUAUGUGUGCAUGCUCUAUAUGUCGAUACACACGGCUCUCAUGCGUCCUCGACCAGCUCAUUCGAUCGAAGCAUUGACUCCCCAUCAGAUGACAUCAACCACACCACGCCUGCCACUUUCAACAUCCCGCAUCAACACCGCCGAAACCCAGGACAAACGCACUUGCAUGAACCAGCAUUCGAACCACAUCUUCUCAACCAAUCUCAGCAUGAUACUCGCCACCGCUCUUCGCACUUCCUUCGACUCAAGUGACAUCGCUUCGCACAAUUGAAACAAACAGCGUGGCCUCGAGCAGCUAUCGCGUCAGAGUAUAUCAGACAUCCAAUCCUUAAGCGUUUGCUGGCCUACAUUGCUGCAG